AUGGACGAUAAUCCCGCCAGCAAAGGAUUUGUCCAAGAAAACAGAAAUGAGCACUUGACGGAGAGGAUCAACACCGGCCGAGUCAGGAGGGAACCACGGUAUCCAUCAUUAAGGUUGCUGCCAAUGCUGAGGAAAACAGGCUCAAGGCAUAAGGUUUGGCGGGUCGGCGCGCCGUCCCAGAGGAGAGAUGGAAGCAGGCAAGACGUCAUCCCAGACUUGCCAGUCCACCCACUCAGCUUCGCAUCGCGAACACCCCCACACCACCCGCAGGAGCAGCUCUCCCCGAACGUUGAGUCUGAAGCCCUCGGAUGA